AUGACAAACCUAACGCUCAGUUCAUCCGCCAACCUCGUCAGCGAUCUCACAGGAAGCAACACGACCGUCCUAGGCGGAGCGCUGCAGACAGCCAAACAAUCGCUGGGCAUGAAAGACUACUACACGGUCUACCUACGCAGCUACUGCAGCUGGAACGGCAACGACGUAUACGCCAACUGCACGUCCCCCAAAGCCGACUUCUGGUUCAACCCCGUCGAGGUCUGGGGGUUGAACGACACGGGCAUCUCAGUCGACGACUACCUCCCCAAGACGUUCCGGGAUGGACUGUCCACGUACCACGCAGCCAGUAAGGCCAUGUUCGUGUUAUAUGUGGUUGGACUUGCCGCGACGUGUCUGACGCUGCUGGUUGGGAUUUCGGCAAUCUUUUCCCGCUGGGGUUCGUUUUUCACGACUUUUUUUGCGGCUGCAAUGGCCGUCCUGGUCAUUGGCGCCUCGGGCACCGCGACUGCCAUCCAUGUCGUGCUGGAGAUCGCCCUCAACGACACUCUCAAGAAAGAUUUCGGAAUUAGGUCAUCCGUGGGCAAGAGUGCGUUUGUCGUCACUUGGAUCGCGGCUGCUUUGGCUACUGCCGGUGCUUUCUUCUGGCUGCUCUCUGUCUGUUGUUGUAGUGGGCGCAGCCCUUACCACCCGGGCAGCAAAGAGGCCCGUCGCACCCGUGCUGAAAAGACACCAUAUACCUACGAGCGUGUGGGCAGUCCAUAUCUGGGACCCAGCGACCAUCAGGCCGUGCCGCUGACGAACAUGAACCAUCAGCAGGGCCCAGCUGGUGGAUAUGCCGGCUAUGCUCCUGGUGCUGGGCCUCAGGCUGGACCUCAUUACCAACAGUCUUAUCCGCCCCAGAAGGGGGCGGCGUAUGAACCGUAUAGAUCGCAAGACGUAUAG